AUGUUACGAUUUGAUACGAUUAUUCCCGAGAGAAGGCAAUUUGUUCAAGGAAAUGUUUCCGAGAAUUUCGGAUUAGCUCACUGUUGGUCUGUUCCUCUCUCAGGCUGUAUCUAUCAACCAGUGUGUCUGUUUGAUAGCUAUCUUUAUCCACAUAUAUGGGCUAUCUAUCUUCUGAUCUAUCUAUCUUCUAAUCUAUCUAUCCCAUCCUGUUCAUAUCUAUCUAUCUAUCUAUCCCAUCCUGUUCAUAUCUAUCUAUCUAUCUAUCCCAUCCUGUUCAUAUCUAUCUAUCUAUCUAUCUCAUCCUGUUCAUAUCUAUCUAUCUAUCUCAUCCUGUUCAUAUCUAUCUAUCUAUCUAUCUAUCUCAUCCUGUUCAUAUCUAUCUAUCUCAUCCUGUUCAUAUCUAUCUAUCUAUCUAUCUCAUCCUGUUCAUAUCUAUCUAUCUAUCUAUCUAUCUCAUCCUGUUCAUAUCUAUCUAUCUAUCUAUCUAUCUCAUCCUGUUCAUAUCUAUCUAUCUAUCUAUCUAUCUCAUCCUGUUCAUAUCUAUCUCAUCCUGUUCAUAUCUCUAUCUAUCUAUCUAUCUCAUCCUGUUCAUAUCUAUCUCAUCCUGUUCAUAUCUAUCUAUCUACCUCAUCCUGUUCAUAUCUAUCUAUCUAUCUAUCUAUCUAUCUCAUCCUGUUCAUAUCUAUCUAUCUAUCUAUCUAUCUCAGCCUGUUGGGGAUCUAUCUAUCUAUCUAUCUAUCUAAUCUAUCUAUCUAUCCCUAG